AUGAGCCCUAGAAGAAUCAUUGUUCAAAUAUCUAAGCGUCUAUUUACUCGCCGUGUAUUUUGUAUAACGUUUAUUAUCUUCAUAUGGUUUCUCAUAUAUCAUCUUCCAGCUCCUCCUCCCACCAAGAACAAUGACCGCGCAGACCGACCACCCCCAGAGCAUCAUGUAUCGGACACGGCCCGAUUUCUCUAUCGCUCUCCCUUCCGAGAGAAUCCCGCUAUUGAAUAUGAAAAACAGCUCUCACGCGCUCUGCAGAGAAUCGAAAAGGUCGUAUUGGCACGAAACCAGCAAAACAACAUAGCGGAACAUAGAAUCUGGCAGAUAGCGAAAGACGAAAAGCACCGAGGCGACGACUCGAUAAUAUUCCAACAUAAAAACAAGGAGUGGGCAUACACUUUAGUCAAUGAUAACAAGGCCAUCGAGUUCGUAACCAACGAGCUAUCCGCCAUCUCUGAAAUCGCAACAACAUACAAAUCCUACCCUCACAAUGUCCUCCGAGCAGACCUCCUCAGAUAUCUCCUCCUCUGGUACUACGGAGGCUUCUACGCAGAUAUCGACGUCUUCCCCGCCCGAACCAUCAAGACCUGCCCAGCACUAGAGUCCUUCUUCGCACCCAGACCCGACGAAUACAACGAAUACACCUAUCCGGACAUAUCACUCGUUGUCGGCAUUGAAGUCGACGAGCCGUACGCUUCACCCCAAUUUAUGCACGACUGGCACUGGACAAGGAGCUACGGACUGAUCCAGUAUACCAUGUAUGCACCGCGACGGUUCAGCCCGCUUCUGCGUGAGACUAUUGUGCGCGUCUUGUCACAUACCAUGCAAUACAAUAGCCAUCAUAAAGGCUUCUUCCCUAGUCUGGCGUAUGGUGAGAAGGAUAUACUGGGAAUUACGGGGCCUGAUGUAUUUACGGAUGCUGUUCUCGAUACGCUUUCGUCCUCGCUUCCUGAGACGCAUCCGUUCGUUGAACAGUCUGUCGAUGCAGAUGUGGAUAUAGGGGAUCUUGUUGAUACAGAGACGGGAGAAUUGCGGAAACGUGUGACGUGGGCCCCGUUUCAUAGACUCCGUGAGACUGUUUGCAUUCAGGCUGAUGAGGCGGUGCCGAAUGAAUCUAUGGGGGGACUGUGCGUUUUGCCAAUUAGUGUUUGGGGGAAUGGGCAGAGACAUAGUGAGGCGGGAGGGUUUAAUCAUGCUAAUGCGUGUGUCAAUCAUCGGUUUGGGAGGACGUGGAAGAAGGGGUGGUGGGAAUAUAUAUUUGGCUAA